AUGAUAAAAAGGUUAUUCAGUAUAUUCGUUAUUACGGGUAUAUUAAUAUGCACCCAUUUUUCCUUUCAGCAUGAUUUAACAGUAAUGCAAAACUUAUUUAAAAAGGAUUCAUUCACAAUAUAUGUUGAAAAUAAAGAAGAAUGUGCCCUUAAAUAUGACACUUUGAAAACAAAUUUCAGACAUGUUUAUUUAGUUCUGUGUGAGGCACAUGCUACAAAUGUAGAAAUAAGGUUUAUGAACAUAUUACAAGUGAAAAGAGGUAAGGAUGUCCAAAAUGUUGUAUCAAAGCAAAAUUGUAAUAAGAGUAGAAAAACAGAAAUCAUCUUCUUCAAUGAGAGGAAUAAACAAAUAACAAAGGAUAAUAUAGUACUUAAAUUUAAGAAUACCAAAAAAGUAAAUUACAAAUUGUGCCAAAUGGAAAAUCCGAAAAGAUGCAUUAUCAUUUAUGUCAUUAUUUCAUUUAAGUUUGAUGUAAUGGACCUUAAAGAACUACUGGUUAAUAAUUUACUUACCCAGAAUGAGGAUGGGAAAAAAUUAAAUUUGCUACACCCAGAAAACGUAACAGUUAUAAAUAAAAAUGAGUAUUUCCGUCAACAUAUCCUUAUGGAUAGUAAAAAGAUAAGGCAAUUUUAUGAAAUUAACAUUAAUGUGAAGGAUGAUAAUCAGCCAUUAUAUGUGUAUACUUCAUCCCACCCAUCCAAUUUUGUAUACAUUAAUAAAAAUUUGCGUAAUUUAUUAAAAGAGGAAAAUUAUAAAUACGAAACGUAUUUCUACAAAUUUAUAUGUACAGAUAAUUUACAAUUAUUCGCUGGAACUAGCGAUAUUAAAAGAGAACAAUUCAUCAUUUACAGACUUAACAUUACAUGUAGCGAUAGAGAUAAAAACAAUUUCAAUCCAAUUUUCGAUAUAAGUGUUAUAGGAUAUUCAUUUCAUGUACCUUCAAAUGGAUUGGACAAGACUAUUAUGGACCCAACUUUUAUUAUGCCAAAAUUUCUUAUUAACACAUUCAGAUAUGAUAUAUUUACCCCCAGUGACAAUUUUUGGCUGCGUGUUAAAAUUCCAAAUAACUCUGUUUCACUCAAUAAUUUCUCAGUAAAUGACAAAAAAUUGGUACAUGAAUACAAUUUGAUAACAUUGAAUGAAUACUUGGAUGAAUAUUUUUAUGAUGAAUGCAUAGAUGAGUGGAAAUAUUUGCAUAGUUUAAAUUCUGUUAACCAUUGUGAAGACAUUUCCAAUAUGAAAAAGAGGAACUCCUAUUUGAUCUUCGGUAAUAUGCACGACGAGGACUUAACAAAAAGUAAAAAAAAUUAUGUAACUAAUCUGUUUGAUGAAACUAUUAACAUAGAAACUUUUUCAUGGAAAAAUUUAUUUUCAUCGAAAAGGAAAAAAAAAUUACGUAAUUAUCAAGAAAUAGACAAAGUAAUAUUUCCCACGAAAAAGGUUUUCAUACUAAAAUACACAAAUGAGGAAAAAUGUAAAGAUGUUAAUUGUUUAACUGAUCCAUUGAAAUGUAAAAUAAAUGUUUCGCAUUACUUUUUUUAUAUACACAAAAUCCCAGCUAAUAUUAUAGCCAGCAGUUUUACAUUUAUAGCCUUUUUAAAAAAUGCAAAUUGUUCACAAAAUAAUAUUUGCACUUUGCAAAACGGCAGAGAAUCAUCAUACAUCCAAGUUGUAUUUAAGAAAAAACAAAAUAAAAAAUGGAGUUUCUUAGACACAAAUUUUCUACUAACACAAAAAAGCUCAAGAUUUCAUUAUUAUGAUGAUAAAAGAGAUAACCUUAAUUUAUUCAUAAACAACAAGAAAAUUACUGACGACACAGAGUAUUCUAUAAGUGAAAUAGGAAAGAGGGAGGAAAACAUUAAUAUAAAAAUUUUGGAUGAUAAUAAAAAUAUUCUUUACAAUACUGAUUUAGUUAUUAUAAGAAAAAAUGUAUUUUAUAAAUUUUUUUUACAAUUUCUGUCUUACUUUUCUUAUGCGUAUAUUAUCCUUUUUUCCUGUCUACAAUCAUCCCAAUUAUUACCAUCCAUUCAGUUCAUACAAAUAUUAACAUUUUUAAAUAUAAAGUAUGAUACCUUUCUUCCAUCAUUGUAUCAUUAUUUCUUAAAAAAAUUACAAAUUCUCUCUUUUAUUUCCUAUAUUGUCAAUGUCAAUGUAUAUAGGAAAAUCAAAACGAAUCAUGUUUUAACUGACUUACAACACAUUGGAGAGGGGAAAAAAAUGGAGUGCAACGCAUUCAUGCAUGCACAUAGCAAAAACUAUGAUCAUAACACUUCUAAUUCCGUUACAAAAGAAGAAAUAAAUUUCGUAAAGUCUGAAAAUGGAUAUCAUUACAGUGGGAAGUUAAACAAAAGCGACAACACAGAUAAGGAAAAUCACAACACAAACAAGAACGUAGAAAAAUCUAUGCAAUGCAGAAUUAAAAAAGGUGACAAUCUCCAAAAUAACAAUUGUUCUAUGGAAAAAGAAAAUAUAACAACUAGGGGAUUCUUGAACAAAUUUAUUCUAUUCAGGGGAAGUAAAAAAUACACAGAUGAGGAAGAAAACAAAAUGAAAAAAAAAUAUAUAUAUCAAAAAAAUCAGGAAACAAUUUAUAAGAGCUCCGGAAAAUUGGAAAAAGAUGAAAUUUUCCUUUUACAUAUUUAUGUUAGUGUGCUUUUAAAUAUCAUUAUCAUGCUCUUUUUGUUUACAUUGCUAUAUUUUGUAUAUUCCAAAUAUACACGCAAAGGGGAUACAGCAAAAAUUAUUAUCAUUCCAUUUUUGUCAUUUCACAAUUUUAUUCCUCUUAUGUUUGAUAUUUUUUUAUUUCCGAUAAUUUAUUCUACAUCCAAUAUAAUACAUUAUGAUAGUAUUUAUCAAGUGAAAGUUUAUUUUCUUACUAUGGAUAUUUCUACUGUUAAAUUUGUUUGCACAAUUUUACUAGUUUGUUAUAUAUUGUCUUAUAUUUUCCUUUCAUUAUAUUUUAUCUUAUAUGUUAAGAAGAAUACCACUUAUAGUUAUUAUUUACAAAGGUUUAUUCCUCUAUCUAUUAAUAAAAUUCAUGGGAUCAUAAUACAACGGUUUCCUUUUCAAUUUCUUUUCAAAAAAUACUUUGAUAUUCACCUGCCUUCAUAUACUAUACUGCUUAGAAGUAACGAACGAGAAAAAUACUCCCCAAAUGAUGCAAAUGUAAACCAUCACAUAAAUAUUACAAAAAAAGUUGAUCAGGGAGAAGUAAACCGAUAUGCAUUUUCUUCUUCACCUUAUAGACUAAAUGAAAUCAAGAACCAUGUUUCAAAAAACAAUAUUUCUUUGAAAAAAAUUAUACGAAAUUACAUAAACAGAAAAAGAAGAGAAAAAAUACGAACUCAGCUGUCACAAAAAAAUCAGCUUUUAUUACAAGACAUGCCAUUGGCAGUAUCCACUGUAAUGGACACACACAAAAAGGAGGGAGUAAGACUUUCAAGUAAAAAUCAGUUUUUCCAAAAAAACAUAUCACAAGAUCGUAUUGCUGCAUCAAGUGAUGGGGAUGCUGAUGGUGAUAGCUUGGAUGAUGUUGAUCGCGACAGCUUGGAUGAUGUCGAUGGUAGCACUGAUAACACUUUUACGAAUUCUUCCAAGAAUGAACCUGAACAGGACAAUUUAAUUAACGUUUUCAAAAAAACAUUUUACAUAAUAGACAACCAUAUUCGUCAUAACGAAUUGGUAGAUCCAUUAUUUUAUAUGAACAGGUCCUACGUAACUAACGAAAAAUUCCAGACGGAGAUUACUUAUUUGAGAGAAAAUGAGAUCCUCAAUUUCGAAAUUAAUAAACAAAUUUGUAAAUUCCUUCGGAUUGAAAAUAAGAGGGAAUAUUUUGACAUUCAAAUAGAACGCCCAAUCAAAAUUAUGAUUCAUGACAGGGAAGAAGAUAAAAAAUGGAAUCUUGGGAUAUAUGCAGAGAAAUUCCACGCUAAAUGCUUAACCAACUACAUUAGCAAAUUUCUGCUCAUGAAAAAAAGGAUUAAUCGGUGCAAAAAUAAAUUUUCCUUUGAUAACGUGGUGAAAAGUGAUGUAUAUAGGAACAAGCUUCUCCGUAUAAUGAUUGAUAGAAAAUUUCUAAACAGUAAUAGUAUUAAUAGUUGUAACCAUGAGGAAAAAACUAAUACACAUUUGUUAGCACAUGAGGAAAGGAUAAAAAUAGGCUAUCUAUAUGACAAAAUAUCUCUUUUUAAAAAAAAGUUCUACUUCAAAAAAAUUGUGGAACUGAAACAUUUAUACAUUCUAUUGUCCCAAAAAAGAAAAUUACAGCUAUUUGUAAGCAAUAAACAUAUUUAUAAUGGUUCAUGUGGUAUAUUUUCUCUUUUCCUAAAUAAUUGGUUUAAUGAAAAUAUUUUACAUUUCCUUUAUUUAAGAUUAAUGACUGUUACGUGGAUUUUAACUACGAAUCUACUAAUUUGUAAAAGUGUCCAUUCCACCUUUUUUUCAUUAUCUAUUUUCUUCUUUGCAAUAUUUUUAUACAACUUUUCUUCAACUGUGAACCAAAUAGAUAAGGCCAUUUCUAAGAAUAAACUGGGGGAACCCAAUUCAUAUGUAAUAUUUUGGAAAAACAAUAAGGAAAUGCAUAAAAAUGACAAAAGGAGAUAUAAGAAACGUUCUUGUAAUAUAAAAUCUUUCGCUGAGGAUAUUCCAUUAAGUGCUGAUAGCGAUAAUGAUGAUACAAGACAAAAUUUUAAAUCUUUCAGUUGUAGCAAAAAGGAAAUAGACAGAACAUGGAUUCAUGAAGAUAUGCUAAAGUAUCAAGUAAAAUAUUCAGAAUUAAUCCUAAGUAUGAUACUCCUUUUGCUAUUCCUUUCAAAUAUUUUAGGAAAAAAAGAGGAACAAUCAGAAAUGUUCAGCUUCUUGUUGAUUCUUUUAACUAUCUCUCUGUAUAUAAACUUACUGACAUUAAAAAAUAGUUUCUAUAAAAUAAUAGCACAUGUUAAGCAUUUCUUAGAAGCAAAAUGGCAUUCUGUUUAUGUCAAGAUAUAUGCAUUGUACUUCCUCUACAUUAUAGAACAUUUAUGCAAUUUUUUCAUGCAAUGUGUAAUUACACUUAGUAGUAAGAACAAAACUGACGAAUUCCUAACUCAGAGAAGUGACCCAAGAAUGAAUGAUUGCAGAAAUAUAUUCUCGUAUUUUAGUACAAAAAUUCUUCACAAUACCAAUGGAAUGACUUUUAAAAAUGUCGUAGUAGACAAAAUAGAAAUACAUUAUAAAGAAAAAGAUAUUAAUUACAAAUAUGAAACAUUAACAUUAAUUGAUAAACCUAAAAAUGUUUUUUAUCCUAAUUUACGCAAAAAUUUAUACUUUAUUGGAAAAAUAGAUUUAAUGAAAUUUCCAAAAGAUAAAAUAGCAAAUGUUCCCAUAUUUAUAAAUAAUGAAAUGAGGAAAAAUAGAAAUUAUUACAUAGGAUCCAUUGAAAUCAUAGGUGAAGAAAAUGUCCAUUCCACAAAAUCCUUAUCAUUAUUCAUAAAAAAAAAAAGUACGAAAAAAAACAAAAUUCAAGUACUACGUUACAGCAAAAAUGGGGACCUUCUUUGUAGCAGCAAAAUUGUACGGAAAAAAAUACCAUUAUUUUAUUCGAUUCCAAAAAAGGAUAAAUUUACAUUCGAAGGGACACAAAACUAUAUCGAGAAACAAAAUAGGGAUCAUAAUACUACGAUUAAUAGCACAAUUAAAUAUAAUGGAAAGAAAAAAAAGACACAUUAUUUGCAUCAUCAAAAAUGUAAACGCAUAAAAAUUGACAAAUUCUCAUACACAGUAAUAAGUAAAAAUACACUUACUAUUCACAGUCUGUUUAUUAAGCCUCAAAGGACAUAUAAAAUACAACCAGUAUUUAAGAAAAAGCAUCUGGAUAAUAUGAAUUCUUGCUAUGUUAGAAAGUCUAAGUCAGCAAAUUUAUUCCAUGAUAAUUUUAAAGAAUUUUCAAAUUAUCACCAACCUAAUUGGAAUACUAAUGGACCAUUUACCAAAUACCAGAAAAAUGUAAACUCAUAUAUGGAACCCACAAAUUCGGAAAAAUUAUCAUAUGAAAGCAAAAAUCAUAUUUCCUUAUAUUCCGCCCAAAAUAGGGAAUAUAUCUGUAGAAAUGCAAACAAAAUUCCACUCUUUAACAAUGGUUCCCACAGCCCUCCAUACAAAGAAAAAAGAAAAUUUCAGAGAGAUGAAAACCUGCAUGUAUUUCGCGUGACAUGCGAAGAUAUAGGAAUAAUAAUCGUGUCCCAUAAUAUCAACUAUAUAGAUACAUUUGAUGAUAUAAAUGUAGUGAAUGAAUUUGGAGAAACGUUUUGCUUAAAUAUCCAUUGUAACUGUAUAACAUUCAUUAAAAAAAAAAAAAUCAUUAUUAUUAAACAUCCAUGUUUUUAUAAAAAUGAGGAAUAUAGAGUCUAUCUAAGGGAUAAUAAAAAAUAUCAGUAUAAUUAUAUUAACAAAGAAAUAUACAUGAAAAGUACACACAAUGGUGAAAUUAUUUUAAACACAUUUAGACAAAAUGAUGUAUUGAAUAUUGAUAAUUUGAAAAAUAGGCAAAAUGACACAGAAAAAAUAAACAACACAGAGCAGCAUUUCAAUUGUGAAAAUGCAAUACCUUUUGGUGAUCAUGUACAUAUGUAUAAAGUGAAUGAUUAUAAAAGUAGAAAAUAUAUUUUCGUUAAGGUUAAUACAAAAAAUAACACCUUCUAUGCACAAAAUUAUAGUAGAACAGAAUGUGAAAACAAAUUUGACGUUGCAUCUAUCAGGCGUCUCUUCUGUAGAGAAAAUAACAAACAAAACUGCAAACAAAACUACAAACAAAAUUACCAAAAAAAACAAAUAGAACAAAAACAGCAACAAAAACAACCAAUAGAUGAUUUUCUCGAUGAAAUAAAUCAAACAGAUUUUGUCCCCAUUCAGCUGUUAUAUAAAAUAAAGACGCACAGCGACGUUGCUCUAGUUAAAUAUUUACAGAAUUAUUUUGUCAGGUGUAUAUGUGAACGUCCAAUUAUAUGCAAAGGAGAUAACAAGGGAAACUCUUCGGGAAAUGUGCCAUAUGAGUUGUUGAGUACAUCUGAGGGUUCGAUUGAAACGAGUGUAAUAAAACCAAAUUGGCAAAUCACAAUAAGGAAAAUGUUCACAAAAAAAUCCUUGUCCCACAUGAUAUGGCGAAAUAAACCCUAUUAUAUUCUUUCAAAAGAUAAGAAAAAGAAUUUAAACCUUUUUAAUAUCACAUCUAAUAAUUCGAUUAGAAGUGAUGCAAACAGUUGUGUUAACUAUUUCAAGGAUUAUCCCACAAAUUGGAGAAGUAAAAACAAUAUCAUUAGCAACAGCAAGCAUAAAAAAAAAAACGAACAAAUAAUUUUUAAAAAAGGUGGAUAUUCACUCCGAAAAAGAAACUACAACUGGAAAUAUCUCCUUCAUAAUUUAUACAAAAAAUGCUUCAAUCAAAAUAAAAAGAGGAGGGUAGAAAUAUUUUACAGAUAUGUUGUAGAUUAUAAAAAUCUCAUAAAGACGUAUUCUACAAAUAUUAAAAUUUAUGAAAGUAAAUAUAAUUAUGUGAAGCAUAAUAAAGGUAACAUAAAAAUGUUAGCGAAUAUACUAAUGGAAUCUUUGAAUAUUCCAUAUAUAUUAGAUGUAUUUCAGAAAUAUGAUAUAAUAGACAAGAAAGAAAAUAAUAACACUCAGUAUUAUAUGAAUAAUAUCAAUUUUAACAUUUACGACAUAUAUGAAAAGUGCUCAUUAAAUAAAAAACAUAUCGUGAGCAAAAUUGUUAAUUAUUUAGAGGAACUAGCAGCCUAUAAAUUUAUGUACAUUAUAACAUACUACAAAGACAAAUUGAAUUGCCUCCAUUUAUGGGACAAAAUAAGCAAUGAUAAGAGGAUUUGCGAGAUACAGAAAAAUAUUGACCAGAUGUUUUACGACAAAUUCUGCUUUAUAGGGAGAGAAGUAAGAAAGUUUCGGGUUCAGAUAGGCCAGCCUGGAUACAAAGUGGGGUGUACUAGCGGUUGUUAUAGUAGCGAUGCAAUUAUUAAAAGUGUUAGCAGUGCCUAUACCAAUGCCCAUGGCAGUAGUAGCUUCUCCAAUGAUGACCAACACAUCAGCAACGCUUACAAAGUCAAUCAAAGGACAAACGAAAUAAAGAAAAACAAAGACGUGCUGAAGAAUGCACAAAAUCGAAAUACUCACGAUAAGACUCUCGUCGAUGCAAUAGUAGAAAGGUAUAUUAAAGGGAAAAAAUCAUUUGCUAAGAAAUUUUACAAAAUAAAAAAAAAUAUACGCGAAAUUGCAAAAAAAUAUAAGGAAGAGGAAGAAGAAAUAAAAAAAAUUCUUUUCCAUUUCCCAUUUUUUAUUAAUAAAAAUGAUAUAAUAAAUAUGAAAAAAAAUGUAGAACAACAAAUAUAUGCCUGGAAUUCUUGUCUCACAGUUUUUUUUUCCAACUUUUUAUCUAAUUCUCUAACUAAUUCUAAAAUAUGCUAUUAUAACAUUCGUAUAUUAAACAAACAUAUAUUAAACAGCAUAAAACAUGCCAUAUUUAAUAAAAAUAAUUUUACUAGCAAUUAUCACACCAAUUUUAACUUUGUUCAUGUUAUUAUUUCUCUUCCCUUUAUUAACCCACAAAAGACAUUUUUAUUGUCUCCCACAUUUUUUUACAUGAAAUAUUUAGCACAUAAACCAAUUUUUUCACUCUGUAAUCAUGAUGAGAUUGGAAAUUUGUUAAGACGGAAUGAUAGAAAGCCAUAUCAAGUGGGAAUACAAGAAGUAGAAGUGAGAGUAAAAGUAGAAGACCAAGUGGAGGGAGGAAGAAAACAGGAAAGAGGAGAAUCAACGGGAACGAAAAACGAACAUGGAAAAAGAAAAAAAAUACACCGCAAAAAAAACAAAGUGUGCACUAUUCCGCGCAAGAAAAAAAAAAAUGCACCUACCUCAGAAAAAAAUAUAUUCCUAGGAGAAACAAAUCUAGAGGAGAACAAAUUACUGCCAUGCUAUAUAGAAAUUAUAAAUGGUCAUCUGUUUUUAUAUCUAUUUGAUAACUAUGAUAAUAAAAUAUGCUGGAAGAUCGAGAAGGGAAACUAUUCACUGAAGACAAAGGAACCGGCAAGUAAGAAGGGUAGAAAUUGUGAAAGGGAUGAAAACUAUGAGAUAAGGGGAAUAAAGGCGACAGGCACAAUGAACACAAACGAGGAAAUUUCUAAGCAAGAAACUUAUUUUUUAGAAGAGCAACACAUAAACUGCAACUUAUCAGAUAGCGAGAAAAGAGAAGUUCAAUGCACAAUCACUAGUAUCGAAGAAAAAGACGAGUUGUCUUUUUCUUCCUUUAAUCAGAGUGAUGAGAAAAAAAAAAAAAAAUACACCCAAAGCUACACAUUAUUAGAACGUAAAAUUGAAGACAAGGAAAUGAAUAGAAAUCACAUAAAAUCAAAAUUAAACUGUUUUGUAAAAUGUGUAAGUAAUUUAUCAAUUUUAUUUAAUAACAUUAGAGAUGGUUUCAGGAAUAUCUUAUGCAUCUUCUUUACAUGCAAUGAGGAGGUAGAAAAAAACAUGCAAAAUAACAAUUCAGAAUGCAUUAACCUUUUAGUAAAAAUUAACCCGAACAUUAUCCCUCAGCUCAGUAGUGCAUUGACUAUAAAUGAUUGUACAUGUGAGAACCUAACAGAAAGGAAUAAACUUCUAAUUCAUCAAAAAAUAGAGAAAGUGUGCUUAGACGGAACGAACAUAAUUAAGCACAAUGGAAUGGAACGGGAACAUGGAAAACCAGAAAAAGGCGAACCAGAAGAAGGAGAACCAACAGAAGUAGAACCAAAAGAAGGAGAACCAGAAGAGAUUGACACACAUUCAGCGCUAUCGAAAGGAAAUAUCUGCUGCAUCCCCAAAGGGAUGUGCAUUUGGCCGGAGAUUCCAAGCAAAAAUAGCAAUUUGAAGAACUGUUCCAAACUUGAAUAUUUCUACACCUCAGAUGUAGAAUUAAGCAAAAGAACUUUUUCCAGGGGCACACACAUAAAUAAGAAAAAAUCCGAGGACUCCGAUUGGUAUGAACUAAAUCUAUUUACAUACAAUUUUUAUAAAAAUAAAAUAUCAGAGCUGAUAAAAAAUUAUAAAAAUUCUAUCGAAAUGAAAUCCAAUAAUUCAGAUGGAAAAUGUACUAACGAAACAGAAAUUCACACAUACCAGGAUUUAAAUUUAGACAAAACUGAAAAGAGAAACACAACAAAUGAGUCAUGGAGUUAUGAUCAAAUAAACGAUGCAUCAGAAAAGGAAUAUGACGUAAGGAAAGAAGAACAAAGGAAUAUUUCUUAUUUAUUAAAAGGCAUAGAGAGAAUGAGAACUACAACUUUUAUAAACAAAAAUUUUAUGGAAGAUUCAACAAAAAGUAUACACAAAGAAUUAAUAUUUUGUGAUAAAAAUCAAGAAUUAUUUUGUAAAUAUGUAGGAGAUAUGAAAAACAAAUUUUACAAUGGGAAGGGGAAAUUAUAUGACAAAUAUAACAGCUUAAUAUAUGAUGGGGAAUGGAUAAACUCAGAAAAACAUGGAAAAGGAAAAUUGUUAUUUAAAUAUUUUAACAUUUGGUACCUAUAUGAAGGAGAAUUUUUAAGGGAUGAAAUUAUAGGUAAGGGAGUAAUAUCAUUAAUCGAUAAAGAAUAUGUAAAAGGAAUACAAUCAAAUAAAAUUAAUAAAUUGUGUCCUCUACUCAUUAAGGCAAAUUUCGGCAAGCAUAAGGAUGUGAAAACUAGAAAAGAUGAGAAUAAGGAAAAUUAUUCACAACUUAGCAAUAAAUUGAUUAAACAAAUUGAAAAAACUGUUAUGGCAAAUUAUAGUUCAACUAAUAAUGUGGAUUUCUGGCCAAAGGAAAUUACAGAAAUUUAUUUCCCUUAUUUAAAAAAAUGGAACAUAUAUUCCUUUUACUGUUCUAGUAAUAUAGAAAAUAUCAAAAGGAAGAAGGAAAUAUUUGAAUCCAAUGAUAACAAUUAUAAGAAUUUGAUUGGUUAUCCUUCCUUUGAAAUUCGAAAUGGGCACAAUGAUUUCGCUUCAAAAGGUUCAGAUCAGAACAUUCUUCCUCAAGGAGAAGCAGAUACUACUGUACAUCAGAAAAAACUCCAUAUGGAGAAUCAAUCUAAUGGUGAACCACAGUCACAGUGUAAUAAUAAUAAUCCACAAUUUGUCUCCCAGAAACAUCUGAAUGAUUAUCAGGACGUAAAAGAAGACAUCAUUUACAAACGAGACAAGACAAACAUUUUGCAUGAAAAAUUUUUCGAAUACAUGAAAAAAAAAAACGAACAGAAAUUGUACUACCCUUUGUUGAGUAAACAUGUUGGGAUAGCAAAAAUAAUUUAUGCAGAUAAGAGUGAAUAUAUUGGUCCAAUAAAUAAUAGAGGACAACCAAACACAAACGGGGAAUUUCCAAAGGCCAUUUUUAAUAAUGAUAAUUUCUUUUAUGAAGGGGAAAUGAAAAAUUUAUUGCCUCACGGAUAUGGUAUAUUCAAAAAUAAAAAUGAUAGUAAGAAUACCUACUUAGGGUUUUGGAAAAAUGGAUAUAGAGAAGGAAGUGGAAGCCUUAAUUUGAGAAACAAAAAAUAUAUCAUUCAAGCAAAAUUUUUGAAAGAUAAGCUUCAUAACAAUAUUAAUAUAUACAUUAAAGAUGAAAAAAUAUCUAAGAUACAUUUAUCAAAUAUGAAUAAAAAUUUUCAAAAGAUAAAAAUAUUCUUUAGAAAUGGCUAUGUCUUUUACGGACAAUUUUCAAAAAAUUACCAGAGAAAUGGAAUAGGUAUCCUCAUAGAUAGCAACAAUAAAAUAUUAUAUCAUGGUUAUUAUAAAAAUGAUGUUAUUGAUAAAUUCUGUUACAUCUUACGGCAUAAGGAUAAUACAAUAUAUUGUGGGAACUUACAACAAGGGAUGAAAAAAGGAUUUGGGAAAUUAUAUUAUGAAGAAAAACUUCAUUUUAAUGAUGAAAAUGAUUUUAAUUUAAGUUUGUCUAAUGCUAAAAUAUUAGCUAGAAAAUUAGAAUCAUAUGAUGGCAUUGAUAUUAACUCAGACAUCCCAUUAAAAUUUGCAUUCGACUCUAAUCAUAUUAUAUAUAUUGGGUAUUGGGACGCAAACACAUUUUCUCAUUUCGGGUCAUGUAAUCUGAGGAAUGGUUUUUAUAAGGGUGACAUAAAAGAGUCAAAAAAAGACGGAUUCGGAAUUUAUAUAUACAAAAAUAAAAAAUCUUACAAAAAUAAAAAUAGAUAUGUUUUAUCAUAUUUUAAAAAAGACAAAAUGAACAAUAUGGGAAAAUACUAUAGUGAAUAUGAUAAACUCAAAGUACAUUCAUUUCAAAAAGAACAAAUUAAACGAAAAAGAUCUAAUUACGAUAAUUGUUUCAAUAAAGGAAAAAUCCAUUAUGAUGUCUUAAAAACAGACAAAUUAUACAUAAAUCAAAAACUAGACUAUUAUAUUACUAUGCCCCUUGGCGAUAUGCUGUCAGAUAUUAUGAACGAGGUUUGGGAUAAAUCCACCAGCUUCGUCAAUUACUUGUAUAGUCCCUUUGAUUUUAAUUUGAAUUAUUUCCUCAAGAAGUGA